AAACAGCGCUUGCUUUUCUUGUAAGAAGUUGAUCUAGUUAAAUUCACAAAAAACAUGGAUUUCCAGAAUCGCGCCGGUGGCAAAACCGGUAGCGGUGGCGUCGCCUCCUGGUCAGAGACAAAUCGCGAGCGAAAAGAACGUCUGCGACAGCUGGCGCUCGAAACCAUCGAUCUAAACAAGGAUCCGUAUUUUAUGAAAAACCAUCUCGGCUCCUAUGAGUGCAAACUGUGCCUGACACUCCACAAUAACGAAGGCAGCUACUUGGCGCACACGCAGGGCAAAAAGCAUCAGGAGAAUUUGGCCCGUCGUGCUGCCAAAGAGGCCAAAGAUGCGCCCUCUUCGCUUCUAGCUCCGGAGAAACCGCGCGUGGAGCCCAAAAAGUUUGUGAAAAUCGGUCGUCCCGGCUACCGUGUAACAAAGCAGCGCGAGCCCACCAAUGGUCAGCAGUCGCUGCUCUUCCAGAUCGACUAUCCAGAGAUAAGCGACGGCAUUGUGCCGCGUCAUCGCUUCAUGUCCGCCUAUGAGCAAAAGAUUGAGCCGCCAGAUCGCAAGUGGCAGUAUCUGCUCUUUGCGGCCGAACCGUAUGAGACAAUUGGCUUUAAGGUGCCGUCACGGGAAGUGGAAAAGACGGAGGGCAAGUUCUGGACGCACUGGAAUCGAGAUACCAAGCAAUUCUUCUUGCAGUUUGCGUUCAAAUUUGAGCCAAAGAUAUUGCCUCCACCGCCGCCGAAUCUGCAUCGCGCCUUGGGACCGCCAGCCGGUUUUCCCAUGCCGGGUCCGCCGCGUCCAACCAUGCAUCCCAUGUUCAAUGGCGUGCCGCCACCACCACCUAUGUAACCCAUCUUUUCUAAUUGUAACAAUAAAAACAAUACUUUUCUGUAAA